AUGCACGCAAAGACGACCUCGGUAUGGACCUACGAGAAUGGCGCGCCCGAGGAAUUCAGUCUCACCCGCCUCUGCGACGUCGUGGACGCACACUUCGGUGUCAAGUGCGAGUUGGUAAAGUUGGCAGAGGGCGGCUAUCACAAGGUUUACGACAUCAUCGAGGCAGGCGACGGUGUGCACCCGGGCAAGAGUCUCAAUGCUGUCGCUCGAGUCGCGUCGCCUGCGUUUCCGAGGGAUAAGUUAAAGUCAGAGGUUGCGACGCUGCGAUAUAUCGCUUCGCACACGUCAGUCCCCGUACCGUCGGUGUCAGUCUGGAAUGCCGAUGCCUCGAACCCGGUUGGCGCUGAAUACAUGAUCAUGCAGAAAAUACCCGGUGUCCCGGCAUUUGAUAACUGGCAGACGCUGCCAGUGGACAUCAAGGAAAGCGUCGUGGUCCAGGUCGCAGAGCACCUCGCUGCUCUCUUCUCGAUCCGGUUCGACAAGGCUGGGUCUCUAUAUUGUGUUCCCUCUGCAUCGAAAUCUUCGUCUUCAUCCGUUUCGUCGACUGCCAGUGACGGCUACGAGGUUGGCCCCAUCGUCACCGGCCCUUUCUUUCACUCCUUGGACGGUAUUCUCGAUUAUCCCACCACAGACCUGCACACCCUACCAUCCUCGUCAUCUACCCGUCUCCAUUCCCUACGUGGUCCCUUCACCGGCGCUGGAGACUAUCUUGCGCACCAUCUCCGGGCGUUGCUAUUCAAGUGCACCGAGUUUCCCAAAGAGACUAUGAGGCUGUUGGAUGACGAGGACAAGCCAAAGGAAGAGCCGGAUAAUGAACAGAAGCGUGAAACAUUGCAAAGGGCAGAGCGGGCACUCCGCAAAGGCAUCCAACUCUGUGCCGUCUAUCCGGGCGACGCGUCCGUGUAUCCCGGGGGCCCCUCGACGCCAGAGCAGCCAUUCACACUGAGACUGGACGACUUUCGACUCGUCAACAUUCUCAUCGACGAGUACACUGGCAAGGUGAAUGGAUAUAUCGAUUUUGAGGGCACCUCGACUGCACCACUCUGGUAUGCGGCGACGGUACCGCAGUGGAUCCCUGAUCCAGACGGCGACACGGCAUCGUGGUAUGGGGGCAGCCCUGCUGAUCAGCGCCGGCUCUGGGGCGCGUUCCAUGCAACCAUGGCUCGAUGUGACGCCGAGUGGAGGAAAGCGUACCAAGGCGGAAAGCCAUUCCGGGCGUGGGCAGACCAUUUGGAGCUUGGGGUGGAAGCUUGGGGCUCUGAGGACGUGGAACGGUGGGUUGAUGCGCGGCUAGCAUGGGCGAGCGAGGAGGGAAGACGGGGGAUGGCAAUGCCCGAAUCUGACGACUGA